CUUGGGUACAAACAGUAGCCAUUGGCACUGCUGUUCGCUUAUUCGUGUUCUUUUAUCAGGUUCAACGGUCCUGAAUAGCCUGCGGCUCUGACAAGGGGCGGUGAUUGUUGUUCUCAGCUCGCCAAGUGGCCAAUCCCUGUCCCUCCCUGCGGCCGUCUACCUGAGCUUCGCAUCACAAAGUUAUCCUCCGGUUCACGUUCCCCUCAACUACGGGCCACUACCUUUACCAACUGUGGUGGCUGGCCCUGUGCUUGAAUUAUAUCGCACAUCGUGUGCUUCAUCUACAAACCAGAAAAUACUUAUGAACGCGUCACCCCACUUGUGCCUUCCUCCCUGUACACCGACUUCUCCUGUCUCGCGACCAGCUUGCACCAGCUACCAAUAUGGCACCCCGCAAGCAGCCAGCGAACUCACCCGAGUUUCCCAUACUAGAUGCCAAUGGCCUCUAUGCCAGCAAUAUACGAGGUGACGGCAACUGCCUGUUCAAUGCUCUAUCAGACCAGCUCUACGGCGACCAGGAGAUGCAUGCGUUCCUCCGAGAGGCCACUAUCGAGCAUAUGCGAGACAACUCAGAAUUCUACCGUCAAUACAUGGCUGCAAACAACCUACGGCGGAAUCCUAAACGCACCACUACCGCUGCACAGGCGACACGUAUCGACACCACCUAUCAUACUGAAGAACAGCUGCAAAAGCAGUUUGAAGAGCACGUAGAGAAGAUGGGGCAGCCUGGUGAAUGGGCAGACAACAUGGAGGUCUCAGCGUUCGCCUCCGCCCUCAACGUGCAUGUUCGCCUCUGGCAGUCUGACUAUACCUAUGUGUUCUCACCUCGGCUAUACUACUCGCAAAACGAUGAUUUGACUGCGGAGGACGACAGGCGGACUCUGCAUAUUGCAUACCACACUUGGGAGCACUACUCUUCAGUACGCAAUGCUGCAGGACCUCACGUAGGCGAGCCAAACGUCAAGUUCAACGCGGAGGGACUUUCAAAGAAGCGGCCGAGUCCAAGCGUAGAGGGUGAAAACGAUGACCAAGCUUCGCGGACACGGAAACGCCGUUCACCCCUGCACCUCUUCGACUCUGACUCUACACCUGAAGGCAGCGAAACUUCAUCUGACGAGUCGAGUGGCGUGAUGUCGAGCUUUCAGCAGUCGCAGCUCGAUCCUCCACCGGUCCCUGUGGCAAGAGCUCCAAAGCUGACGCUCAAGCUUCGAUGCCUGAGGACAACCGACUCCACACCCUCACCCGCACAAACACGAUCCUCCACACCAGCUCCCCUCACCCCCGCAUCUACUGGCACAACCCCCGUGCCAUCACAGGCAUCCACAAAGGCACCGACACCUGUACCAACAGCUGCGCCUACGCCGGCGCCUGUUGCCUCCGCUCCACCAGCUGCAACUUCGACACCUCUGUGCACGCAACUACCCACACCCUCCACCACUCCAGCCUUGGACUCGGCUUCAAGUAACCCGACUACAACGUCGUGAAAGACGACAAUGAUGAUGGCAACGAUACACACGAGUUGAUGAUACCCAUUCAUGCAUAGCCAUGAGCUUUACUUACUAUUUUUGUUCAUGUUUACUCUUGCAUAGCAUACGAGCAUGGCACGGUUGCAUAUGCAUUGGCCAGUGGGAGGGACAGGUGCCAAAGUGCUUGGGCCUGCAUCCUGAACUUGGCUUGGGCGUUCUGGGAUCUGCAUAUGGAUUGAUCUUUUGCAUACAUGGCUGGCAGUUAGAACGAUACGCAUUCUUACUUUCUUCAGAUUCAAACCCUCGCGCAAUGUCAUUGUGCUUUUGAGAUAUGCAGUCAGAGCGCUUCGCAGCU